GUUAAGAAAUCAGAUAAAUUUUAAUGGCAGAAAUAUUUGAAAAAGAAAAAAUGGAUGGGAAUUGGAGUAUUAGCUUCAAAAUUUCUUUGUAAACAAGUCAACUUCAAGUAGUUUGGUUUAAUAGGCUAGUAUGUAUAGCCUUUUCAUGUGCCUCAUUUAACAGUUACACAUGUGUUCUUUCCUAGACACAAUUUACCAGAACAGUGUAAUGUUAAAGGACUUAGACCCAAGUGAAGCCUUGGAAACUUUCCGGCAAGCCACAAUAAUGAAACUGCCCUACCAAACAAUAAGGAUAAAUCGAGAUUCCCCUCAUUUUAUUAGAGAGGUCUUUAAGUUGUUCAAGAAAGGCAUUGAUGUGAAGAAAGCACCAGAUGUGGAAUUUGAAGGAGAGGAUGGAAUGGAUGCAUCUGGACUGACCCGUGAAUAUCUGUACUUAUUGAUGUCAAAGAUUAGAGGAGGUGAUGGUACAACCGUUUUGUUUGAGGGACAGCCAGGCCAUCUUUCCCCUUUGUAUGACGUUGAUUGCCUAGAUUCUGGCUUCUAUUUCUUUGUUGGUCAGGCAUUAGCACAAUCCUUUCUCCAUGGGGGAUACCCAUUUGUUGGUAUGUCUCAAGCAGUUGCCCACUACAUUAUCACAGAUGACAUUGAUGAAAGUAUUCCAUUUCUGGCAGUUGAGGAUAUCCCUGAUCCUGAAGUUAGAGAUGUUCUCAAAAAGGUAAUGUUAAAAGCAUUAGUGAUCCGGUAGUACAUCUGAAGUGCUAGCUUGAAAUUCAUUUUACACUGCAUUUUAUCCAGUGAACUCUUUAUUCCAUUUAUGAACUAGAAAAUGCACAUGAGCAUAUACAAUAAUAAUUAUCAUUAUUGUAUACUCUCGUGUGUAUUUUCUACUGGGCUAUUUUACAAUGAUUUCUGUUGCCAGACCAUAAUUUAUGAUAAGUGUGACCUUUUUGUUAGAUUGCAAGGGCAUCAAAAGAUGAGGACUUUCAGAACCUGAAUGCAGAUGAAGGGGUUAGUAACCUGUUGAUUCAAUGUGGUUUUGUGAACAAGCUGUUGAACAAACAGAAUUCACAGCAGGCAUGCCAGAGAGUACUGGUCCACCAAGUACUGAUGUAUAAGAAAGAUCCUAUACAGGAAAUCAGGAGAGGUCUGCAGACAGCAUCUAUUACUUCCUUUCUGAAAGAUCACCCUGCACUUUGGAAGACCAUUUUUGCCACAGCUGCAGAUGUAAAACUUCAAUCUGAUUUGGUGGUGAGAAGCCUCAAGUGUGACCCUUCAGUGGGAGAAUUGAAUGAACAACAAGAAACAAUCCUAAACUGGUGUAAGGAGUAUGUUGGUAAUCUUCCAUCUGACACAGGUACUACAAAGGUGUUAUAAACAUGUCAGGAAAAAGUGGUGGAUUAUGAUAUCUGCUAAUAACAGUAUAAUUUUCACGUUUACAAUCUCAUUUUUUCUUGUUUGGAAAUUCUGUCAUUUCUUUCAAAAACGCUUGCAACUCUGAGCUUUCCUGCGGAUAAUUUUGUUGAUAUAGUCAGUUCUAUUAUUGGGAUGGUCACUUAUUGUGUCAAUUUACAGCCAAGGAAAGACAUACAGAAAGGCAGGGACCAAUAAUUUUACUCUAAGUGUGUGUUUUCUUUACAGGCAGUUUUUGUCCCAUGGAGGUGACUGUAAUAAUAGGGAGUUGACUGUACAUCCCAGGUGCAAUCAACUUGAUACUGAAAAGAAAGACUUAACUAAACCGAACAUAAAGACCUGCAAAAAAAUUAAUUUAAAUAUUGAAAACUUAAAUUAUUCAGAUAUUCAAGUUAUGAGAAAACAUAGUAUUCGAUUGGGCUUGUUCUAUCUUCCAAGCAAUACAGAUUUCCCUUUACAGUCAACUCCUGAUAAUUCGAACCUUCAAGGGAAACAGAAAAAAGUUUGAGUUAUCAAGGGUAAAAUUAUAUAGAAAAUGUUCUGAAGGGAAAUGAAAAUUGCUUCGAGUUAACGGGAGGUUCGAGUUAGAGAGGGUUCGAGUUACCGGGAGUCAACUGUACCUCAAGCAAUGAUUUUCAUACUGAAAUUCAAAUGCAAAAGUGGGUUUACUGUGCCAGUGAAUGAGAUUACCGAGUUUACAAUAAAGCCAUAUUAAAAAUAAAAAACAAAUAGCAAACAAAACACAGUUGCAAUAACUAGAGGUAGGCCAUAAAGAACAUUUUGUUUAAACAUGUAUUCUUCCUUCCCAGAAUCAGAUUCAUCAACCAUUGAGAAGUUUGUACAGUUUGUGUUUGGAGAACCAACCAUGCCGCCACAACCAGUUUAUGUUAAGUUUAACCGACCUGGAAAGAGCUUGCCUGAUGCUGAUGCAUGCACAGGAACCAUCAGCCUUCCAAUUGAUCACAAGAUGAAAAAGGAUUUUACAAAAAGUUUGGAUAUAGUUUUAAACUUUCAACACAAAGGAUUUGGUAGAUGCUGA